GCAACGGGGAGGUGGCGUGGACAAGAGCGACAAUGGACCAGGUGCUGGAAAAGGCAAAGCACAGCAGAUCUCCGGCAACAAGGGCAAGGGCAAAGGCAUUCCACCCAAGAUUGCGGAUCUUCCGCAACCAGCAUUGGCACCCAACAUACAGGUGCCCAAGACUGGCAGUGGUUCGACCGCGGAGGCCUCGGAGGAAGGCGAGCUGUUGGGUGCCCUUCUCGCCCACUUGGGCGAUCCUACAGCCUUGCCGACAGCCCUUGCGGAGAGAGUGCAGACUUUCCAGAGUGCCAAUGCAAGAUCAACGGGCAAGCUCCUGCACAAGCAAGUCGCGCGCCAGACCGAAGCGCGGACGCAACUGCAGCGGCUCGCAAAAGACAGACAGGUGUCGAAGAUGUCCAAAGUACUGGAGGACUUCGACAACGCGGAAAGUCAAUGGCAGGCGCAAUUGACGGACGCUACAGAGCUGCUGUCGAAAGCCUCUGGGCACUCAACCGCUCCGAGGAGCGCAGAUGCGAUGGAUGCAGAGGAGGCGGCCGUGGCCCAGACUGCGGCGGAGGACUCUCGCUCCAGGCAGCAGACAGAGAAGAUACAACAGGUCCAGAAAGAGCUCAUAGAGGCUCUAAACAAGGCCAAGGCGGCCGCGGAAGUACACCGAGAUGGCUCGCGAACGCCACGCCGCAAGCCCAAGGAGGAAGAAAUUGUCGACUUGGAGCG